AUGGUGCGUGGGGAUAUCCCACCACUGAAGGCAAAAGUUUUCGGCUCUGAUCUCGUCCCUCCGAGCUCGCUGCCUGAGCGGGAGCUGUGCCGAGGCAGCGUCCUGGGAUCUCACUGCACACGCUAUCCCCAGAGGGAACUCACACACUCGGCAGCGAUCCUGGCAGAGGAAGAAAGCUUGGCCAGGCAGAGGACCCUUGAGGAUGAAGAAGAGCAGCAAAGAGAGCGCCGGCGAAGGCACCGGAGCCUGCUGUCCUCCACAUCAACGGAUGAAGAACUUCCUAGCCCUGUGAAAGACACCAGUCCAGCUUCCAGCAGACGGACAAGGGCCUCAAUGUCCGUCUCUGAAAAGCUGAGGCAGGAGAAGGAGCAGCAGGAGCCAGGCGUGGGAGUGAGCCGCACAGACGAAGGGAUGCAGCCACGCGUGGGGCAGGAGAGCAUCCAGGCUGAUCAGGAUGUGGCCAAAGGCAGAGGGGACCCACCAGGAGACCAGCACACGAAGCUGGCCUUGGAGAGGAAGGUGGUGGUGAGGGGACGGCUCCAGGACAAAGAGGGACAAGGUGUGGGGAUGCCUCGGGGAGAGCAGAAGAAGGAGGUGGGAGAGCUGCCGCAGCGGGCAUCACCUGAGGUGGGGGGCUGCCGGCUCCGUGAAGUGAAGAUCCUGACCAGGCAGGGAAGCCGCAGCAUGGAGGAGAAGACAGCCUCAGUGGUGACCUCAUCUCUGGACGAGCGGCAACCAUCCAGGAAUCCCUCAAAGGAGGUAAUACAGCUGUCUCCCACCCAAGAUGAACCUCCAGAAAAGUCAGAUCCUCCUGCAACUCAUGUCACUUACAGCAGCUCCAUCAGACGAACUAGCCCAAGAACUGUCUCCUUUCGGGUGAUCUCAAGAAAACAGAAGGAAGAAAGCCAAAGCCCUCUCACAAGGAGUGCGAGUCUGAGGAUCCCAGGGAGCAACACCACCAUUGGGGAGAAGCUGGAAAAGUACAAUUCAGCCGUGCAGCGCUCAGAGGUGGUGAAAUCAUCCCUGACUAUUCAGAAGAGCCUCUUGCUGUCCUCGGAGGGGGUGGCCAGCAAGCGCAACUUCUUCGAGGCAAGCGCUCCCAGCAAGGCUGAGCCUCUGGCUGUCAGGAAGGACAACAUGAAGAUCCCGGGAUCAGUGACAUCCCGCAUUAACCUGUGGAUCAGCCGAGCUCAGGAGCCUGCCAAGGAGGAAAAGAGCAAGGACAUCAGGAAAAUAAACAGUCUGCCAAACCGUGAUGUCUGGGUAAAGCAGCCUGGAGACACCCCUGGAGACACCAAGGUAGACAUGGAGCUGCUCUGA